AAAAAAGUGGGAUUAUUGCAUAGGCUGUUUAAUCUUUUUUUUCUGUAAAAUGGAGCUGGCCCUGUGGUUUUAGCAUUCGUGGGAAGUGGAGCGACCGAGGGAGCGUCGACCGCACGUCCGACCAAGCGCUACAAUCAAUGAACGCUAGAGUGCAGGCAGCCCAUCAGCUGAGAGUGCCAUCGAUGCCCUGUGGAGCGUUUCUCUAACGUGCAUCGCGCUCAGUCAACUCGACUCACUUCAACCUAUCUGCUGCGACGCCUUUCUGCAAUAGAAGCACUACCAUCCUGUCAGGGAAAGCUUCCUAAGGUUUCCAGAUCAGUCACUAACUCCGCUCAGCCUCGCCGCUCAGCCUCGCCAGCCGGACGACCGCCAGCCAGCCAGCCAGACCCCCAGUCAGACAACCGAGACACGAAGCCCUUCCUUCUGCCACCAGGACAGACAGCUGUGUCCUCCAAGCCCUAGAUGCCACUCAGCAAGCACAACAGCUAACUGAGCUCUGUGGCUGAGAGACUAGCAGUCCUGUCCUGUCCUGUCCGGUCCAGUCUUGUCUGCUCCAGUCCCUGUCCGAUCCUGUCCGGUCCAGUCCAGUCCUGUCCGGUCCUGUCCGGACUGCAAUAAACACCUUCUCUUCUGAUUGACACCUCAUCUCAGUUCCCAGCAUGCCUCACUCCUUCCAGCAGAAGCAAGCCCAGCAGAUGCUUCUCCUAUGGCAGGGAGUGAACCGGAUGAGAGAGGAGGCAGCAGCAGGACAGUCCAUGAUGUGGAGCCAUCAGAGACACAGCUACCCAGAGCUCGACAAAAUGGCUUGCACAGCAGACAGCUGUAUCCAAUUCACGCGUCACGCCAGCGAUGUGCUGCUGAACCUCAACCGGCUACGUAGCCGGGACAUCCUCACAGACGUCACCAUCCUGGUCAGCAGGCAGCAGUUCCGCGCUCACAAGACUGUCCUCAUGGCCUGCAGUGGGUUGUUCUACACUAUAUUUACGGACUCCCUGAAGUGUAGCCUGAAUGCCAUCAGCCUGGACCCUAAGGUUGACCCCGAGGGGUUUGCCGUCCUACUGGAGUUCAUGUACACCUCCAGACUGACGCUGAAGGAGAGUCUGAUCAUGGCUAUUAUGAACACAGCCAUCUACCUACAGAUGGAUCACGUCGUAGACACCUGCCACCGAUUCAUCAAAUCCAGCGACCCUGGCCAGGCCAACAAACUGCCCCGAGAUGAGUUCUUGGUCAGCCCUUUGCUUUUACCUCAGGGCGUCCAUGCAUACCGGCCCCACGAUGUGGUCGACAACCUACCCGGCCGGGUCGGCCCCUUCAGAGACGGGAGGCCCUACGGCUCCAGCAUGUUCAAUGGGGUCAAUUCCCCCGGCAACUACCACCUCUACGGUCAAUACCCAAUCCAGAGGUUCCCAUUCCCUCUCUGCAAGCUGACAGACGCCAAAAACAACUUCGCUGACUUCUCUAAAAGCGGGAUUCACCACAAGCACUGUUCAACCCCGGACACGAGCAAUGCCAUGAGGGUUGAUUACAGCAGGGCGGUGAACGGUGGCUUGGCCAGCAUCCAUCAUACAGCAGCCAGCUACUUCUCGUCCAGGGAGGAGGAGAUGAGGAAGGAGAGCCAUGAGGGAGGGGUCAGCCAGGUUGGCUCCAGGAAGAGAGGGUUCGCCGGGGCGGCCCACGAGCAGCAGAAGGUGGUUCUGGGUAAAGAGCCCGGUCCUCAGACGACAGAGGAAGACAUGAGCCAGCAGCACUACCCUCUGGGGAUCUCCUCAGCCGGACGGAAGGGCCUGAUGAACAGUCCUCAGAGCCCGCUCAAAUCUGACUGCCAGCCUAACUCCCCCACCGAGUCCAGCAGCAGUAAGAACGCAGGUCUUUCCCUCUCCCAGGCCGGCCGGUGUGGCGCCCAGCCCUUACAGGACAGCCAGGACCCCAAGGCACGCAACUGGAAAAAGUACAAGUUCAUCGUGCUGAAUCAGAGAGCCACCAAGGAGGAGGAUGUUGUUCUGCAGGAGCCGGUGGUAUGUUCACCCCAGCGCCUGGGUCUACCCCCCUACCUCCACCCCUCAGACUCAGAGCACCUGGACCCGCAGGUCAACACCAAGAUCAGUGAGCACGGAGAGGACCUGCCAGUUCCUCAGGCCUCCAGACUCCACAACAUCAACAGAGCUCUGGAGGGAUCGCAGAAGAGCGCUGACAGCCACUCCUCUCUCUACAUCAGCCACUUAAAGUGCACCUCCUGUGGUGCCCCGCCCCCGCAGCACUCUGAAGUGUGUCCCAACACACCGGCUUCCCGUUUAGCGGAGGAGAUGAUGUCAGAGUUACACUCUGAGUAUUCCGACUCCAGCUGUGAAAACGGUACGUUCUUCUGUAACGAAUGUAACUCCAAGUUUGCGGAAGACGAAGCCUUGAAGCGCCACAUGCUGCAGGCCCACAGCGAUAAGCCAUACAAGUGUGACCGCUGUCAGGCUGCUUUCCGUUACAAGGGAAACCUCGCCAGCCACAAGACUGUCCACACAGGAGAGAAGCCGUAUCGCUGCAACAUCUGCGGCGCUCAGUUCAACAGACCAGCUAACCUCAAGACCCAUACCCGUAUCCACUCAGGAGAAAAGCCGUACAAAUGCGAGACGUGUGGAGCUCGAUUCGUGCAGGUUGCCCAUCUCCGUGCCCAUGUGUUGAUACACACCGGGGAGAAGCCAUACCCGUGUGACAUCUGCGGAACACGCUUCCGUCACCUGCAGACGUUGAAGAGUCACCUGCGUAUUCACACAGGAGAAAAACCCUAUCACUGCGAGAAAUGCAACUUGCACUUUCGCCACAAGAGUCAGCUUCGAUUGCACCUCAGACAGAAACACGGAGCGAUUACCAACACCAAGAUCCAAUACCGCAUGUCCACUACAGAGCUGCCAACAGACCCGACCAAGGCGUGCUGAACUGGAGCAGCCAGAUAGGCUGUCUGUUGGGCUAUCCUGACCAUGGCAUUCAAUGACCCCCCCCACCAACCAACGCGUACAAUCAUCCCUAAAUUGUAGUGCCACACUGUGUUGAUCAGAUGAUGGUUCAGUAAUACGGCAGUGUAUAUGCCAUUCUAAACGGGUUUCCUCUAAACAUGUGAACGUAGAACCUUCUUUGGUAUCUUUAGUAAUUUUAUUGUUUCUAUAUAAAAACAUAGAGAUAUAAAUUGUGCUGGAGGUUAUAUAAAAAGCUUUAUUUUGUAGAGAGAGAGAGUGAGAGAGAGAGAGUGGGUAAAAAAGGAUGGAAUGUUACAUAAAUCCAAUUAAAGGAUACAGUAUUUUAUAUUAAAUAACUUUUCUGAAAGUAUUGACUUUUUUUUUUCCGAUUGGAAGGGUGGUAGUAUAUUUUAAGGUAAAUGGUAUUUCUGGCUGUAAUAAAGAUAGAAUUUUUCUACACAUUUUUCUAAUUUAGAUGUACAUGUUAGUCCAUGUAGAUUUGACCCUUUCAUGUCUCAACAACAACAAUUCUGAACUCAAGAAUGACUGGUGAUCUAAGCGGCCAGAGUGACGCAUAAUGACUUAUUUACUGUUACCAAUAGUUACCAAUCAAUGAAGUGGGGAAACUGUAAUACAUGUUUGCUAUAUCCACAGGGUUGCCCUCUGCUGGCAGAGCCAAUCUAGAAAUUAAAAUGUUAAAAUAUGCAUUUCAAGGUACUGCUUUGGGUACGGACCAAGAUAUUUUUCCUUCAAAAGGUAUUUGUAUAGAUCUGCGUGUUUUUUUGGGUUUGUGUUUUUGGUUUGUUUUAGUGAAUGUUCCCAGUUGUCAUUGUACUAGAAGCUACAGUGAAAAGUGUAUCAUACGUUGUUUGUACAUACACUGUGUACUGAUGGUGCCUUCUCUAUGGUGACUGAAUUCCUUUCCAUUCAGCCCAGUUCUGUUUAUAAAAAGGUACAACUCAAGGACAGCACUAGUCCUAGUUUUUAUUUUGUGUGUGUGUGUGUGUGUGUGUUUAAAAAAAUAUAUAAAAAAAUUUAACAAAAAUGUGCUUUUCACCUUAUGACAUGAAAAUUCAUCAUUCGAGCUGUAAAUCUUCAGGACUUGUUUUGGGGUUGGGCCUUUUCUUUCUUUUUAAAACUGCAUUCAACUUGUUGUACAGUUAUAGAUGUAUGCAUGUAAAAUAAAGGUAUUGCAUUUCCAUGUAUUUA